AUGGAAGGUGACGGUGAUGAACUGCUGUGGGUGAAGGUUGGCGGAGUUUUGCUGCAGAUGUUAGUCGACUCCGGAUGUAAGAAAUACAUAAUUGACAAUAAAUCGUGGAGUUACCUGAAAACAAAUGGCGUAAAUAUAUGGAACCAGCAGAAUCGGUGUGACGAAACUUUUCUGCCAUACGGAGAGAAAGCAACGCCGUUGGCUGUGUUGGGUACUUUCGAAACUGAUGUAGUGAUUGAGGAUGUCGGUAAGACAGUUAAGAAGAUUACUACGUUUUAUGUAGUUAAAGGUGGUCAGCAAUGUCUCUUAGGUAGAUCAACUGCCACCGAAUUGGGUGUUCUUUUCAUUGACUUGUCCAGUUGUCAUGGAGUUAGAUCGGUUAUGGUAGAAGAGAAGCGACCAUUCCCAAAAAUUAAAAGCGUUAAAGUUAGUAUUCCGAUUGAUAAACAUGUUUCACAAGUAUGCCAGCAUCCGCGCCGUCCACCCAUCGCGCUAAUGAAAAAGAUCGAGGAUAAGUUGCAGUCCCUCUUGGCCAAUGACAUAAUUGAACCAGUCGAAGGCGGUUGUCAGUGGGUUUCGCCUUUAGUAACGGUGGUGAAGGACAACGGUGAUCUGCGUUUGUGCGUCGAUAUGCGUUGUGCAAACGUCGCUAUUCUAAAAGAAAGACAUCUUAUGCCCACCAUAGAUGAUUUUCUCCCACGGUUCACACCCGCUAAGUUUUUCAGUUGCCUCGACAUCAAGGAAGCAUACCACCAGGUGGAACUUGACGAGGAUAGUCGCUACAUAACGACUUUUAUUACACACAUAGGCCUCUUUCGAUACAAGCGCCUAAUGUAUGGCAUUGUAAUAGCUCCAGAGAUCUUCCAGCGUAUACUUGAACAGAUAUUAAGCCGUUGCAGUAAAAACACCGUGAAUUUCAUCGACGACAUACUAGUUUUUGCUGGAACUGAAAAAGAGCACGAUGAAGCUCUCGGGUCAGUUCUGUCCACACUCAAAAGCUAUGGAGUGCUACUGAACAAAGAUAAAUGCAUUUUCAAAGUGCAAAAGCUGGAUUUUCUAGGACAUACCGUUUCCUCUGAAGGCAUUCAGCCAUCUAGAAAUAAAAUUGAAGCUCUUCAGAAAUUCCGUGCACCUUUUUGCUCAGAAGAAGUCCGAAGUUUCUUGGGUCUGGUUACCUACAUCGGCCGAUUUUUACCAGAUUUGGCAACUGUAACCUCUCCGUUUCAGAAGCUAACAUGUGCUGGCGUAAGGCUCGUGUGGGGUGAUGACCAACAACAAUUUUUUUUGAAGUUAAAGGAAAUGAUAUCCAAUAUAAAGUUUUUGAGAUUUUUCAACAACUCAUUUCGAACUCGUGUCAUUGCGGACGCUUCGCCUGUUGCACUUGGCGCUGUGUUGAUACAGUUCGGUGGCCUGGAUGAUGAUGAUCCUCGACCAAUCGCGUAUGCCAGACGAAAAUUCGAGCUCGAAACGGACCACAAACCGCUCGAAGCAAUAUUCAAUCCGACGUCUAGGCCAUGCCCAAGAAUCGAGCGAUGGGUCCUUCGUCUACAGUCGUACACGUUCGUAGUAAAGUACCGCAAAGGAGUCAACAACAUUGCCGAUCCCCUAUCCCGCUUGGUUGAACAUAACGCAUCCGAGGAAUUUGAUGCGGAGAAUAAGUUUAUGGUGUUGGCUGUAUUAAAGUCAGCGGCUAUCGACGUGCAGGAGUUGGAGGAGUCUGCAAAGGCGGAUCGAGUACUAGACCUAGUUAUAAAAUCUCUGUACUCAGGAACCUGGAGUGACCCAGCAGUAAAACCAUUUGCUCUGUUUUGUAACAAACUGGGUUUGAUAGGCGAAAUGGUCGUUCGCGGAAACAAGCUCGUUGUCCCAACUAACUUGCGACCGAGAAUGCUGCAACUGGCUCAUGAGGGCCACCCCGGUGAGACCGUAAUGAAGCGGAGACUCAGAGACCGUGUGUGGUGGCCAGGAAUGGAUCGUGUAAUUACUGAUUAUGUAAAAUCCUGUGAAGGUUGUCGUUUGGUAGGAUUACCCAGUAAACCUGAACCUAUGUCACGUCGUCCACUGCCGAAUAAGCCGUGGGUGGACAUAGCCAUCGAUUUUUUCGGACCAAUGCCCGACGGAGUUUACCUACUUGGUGUAAUCGACUACUUCAGCCGCUAUAAGGAAGUCGAGUUGCUGCAUAAAAUCACAACGAGACACGGUAGCUAG